GCUCCGCCCCGGCCAGGCGAGUCAAGGCAGGGCUGGCUCCCAUGGUGAGGAGGAGGAGCAGGAGCCGCGAUUGGGAGCCGCCGGCGCGCCCCGUCUGGCCGGGAGGCGGCAGCAGUAGCAGGAGGAGGAGCAGCGGAGGCGCGGAACUGGAGCGGCUGCCCGCGAACAUGGCGGCGGCGGAGCAGCAGCAGCCCUUGGUGGAAGGCUCCGCCGGCGUCGGCGGCUCAUCUCCCGGCUCCGUGCCGGUGCUGUUCUGCUUCUCGGUGUUCGCCAGGCCUUCGACGGUGCCGCACGGCUCGGGCUACGAGGUGCUGAUCCAGAAGUUCCUGAGCCUCUACGGCGACCAGCUGGACAUGCACCGCAAGUUCGUGGUGCAGCUGUUCUCCGACGAGUGGAGCCAGUACAUCGACCUGCCCAAGGGGUUCCUGGUGGGCGAGCGGUGCAAAGUGCGCCUCGUGCCGCUGCAGAUACAGUUAACUACAUUGGGCAACCUCACACCUUCAAGCACUGUGUUUUUCUGUUGUGAUAUGCAAGAGAGAUUUAGACCUGCUAUCAAGUAUUUUGGAGAUAUCAUCAGUGUAGGCCAACGAUUACUUCAAGGUGCACGGAUUUUAGGAAUCCCAGUUAUUGUAACGGAACAGUAUCCUAAAGGUCUUGGAAGCACAGUGCAAGAAAUAGAUUUAACUGCAGCUAAACUUGUCUUACCAAAAACAAAGUUUUCUAUGGUAUUACCUGAAGUUGAGUCUGCAAUAGCAGAGAUUCCUGGAGUUCGCAGUGUUGUUUUAUUUGGGGUAGAAACUCAUGUCUGCAUCCAACAGACAGCUCUGGAAUUGGUAGGCAGAGGUCUCGAAGUUCACAUUGUGGCUGAUGCAACGUCUUCAAGAAGUAUGAUGGACAGAAUGUUUGCCCUAGAGCGUCUUGCACGCACUGGGAUUAUCGUUACCACUAGUGAAGCUAUAUUGCUGCAGCUAAUAGCUGACAAAGACCACCCAAAAUUCAAAGAAAUCCAGAACCUCAUUAAGGCAAGUGCUCCAGAGUCAGGGCUCCUCUCCAAAGUGUAAAAGACGACAUUCUUGAAAGACCAUUUGGUAACAGAGAGUCAAAGAUGUAAACUUUCUCACUCGCGUACACACACACAGACACACACAGACACAUCACCUGCAAAUUGAUGUAAUUGUGCUUGCCUUAGCAGAAUUUGUUUGGUUAUGCUGUUCAGGUGCGAGUGUAUUCUGUUAGUCACAGUUGUUCCAAGGCUCUGGGUACCAUAGGAUCGUUUUUGUUGUCAAACAAACUUUUAAAACAGAGGUGCCUGUUUGUCUCUACUGUACCCACUGAUUGUAACACAGUUCAGAAAAGUGCAUAUUUUUGUGAAACCUCGAUUGUGCAAAUGUACUUUGGAAUUGUUUUAUUUUUUGUACUAAUAAUACAGUGACAUAGAUAAAUGUGAAACAUAACGUUUUGCCAUUCUACAAAUAGAAUCAUAUUUUAAAUAAAAUGAGAUAUAUAUACACUUUGGGUGGGUGGUUGAGUGGGGGAGGAAUGCUGCUUUAUAGUCAGAAGAAGAAGCUAAGGGAACAGGCAAUAUAGAUGUAAUACUUUAGAAGGUAGCUUAGCAAAGCUGAUUCUUGGUUAUCCAAGACUUUAUUACUAAAUGGUGUUACAAAGUCCUUUCUAACUGGAAAAAAGUCUGCAGGUUGAUGUUCACUUUAAAAUAAAGAGCAAUUCUGUCAGCUUGUUAAUGGGAAUAUGUGAGUGACAGAUGACACUGAAGUGAGUGACAUUAAUUCACUUGUAGACAGUUCAUAGUAAGAUGCUCAAUUUCCAAGUACUAAAAUAACUUUUUCUGGAUGCGUUGGGGGAUUUAUUUUUAAUCCCUGUAUGCCUAGAUUUAAUGAACUCCAUCUGGCAUUUGCAUUAGUUCAAGCAAGCUUGUGGGGUGGAAUCAGCUUCUUCAGUUUUAUGCCGUAUUCUGCAAUAUGGAUGCUAAAUAGGCUUUAAAAGGAGUCUGGUGUAAUAGUAUAUUUUGAAAAAGACAUCUAUAAUUUUAUAGCUGGAAGUAAAUUUGAAUAACAGUGCCCUUAAUACAGGCCAAUUAAUUCAUGUUAGAACUGAGUUCAAAUUGUUCUAGGAUUUGUAUCAAGUAUGUUUGUGGCUUUAUAGGAAUAUAUUUUGCAAUAUCACAGUACUAAUACUGUUGUGAUUUUUUUAAAAAACAAAAAACCAUGCAUUGAUGGAAAGUUCUUAAAUUUCCCACAAACAUUGACUUUUAAAAUAAUCGUGGUAUGUUCAAAUAAAUGCAAAUGUUUACUGUG